CUCCAACCUGUAGUUUGAAUUGUGUUCUCGGAUGACUGAACUUCAAGCUGCCGUGGAAAGUUUGCAACAACGGCCUUAACGCAUGCGUGGGCAAAUAUUUAUAUCGCGCUUUGGGCGACUUGUCGAUCAAACGAUAUUUACACAAGUGAGAUCAAAUUUCAGCAAGUUUGAGAUUACAUUUCAGAGGAAAUGGCCUUCAAUGUAGGUCAGAAGUGUGGACAUCUCGUAGCCGUUGCCUUCGUUCUGCUGUUUGUAACUUCGACAGCUGUGUCAUGUCCACAAGGCUGUGAAUGCUUUCAAGACAGAGAUGGUUUAAAUAUAGUGGACUGUUAUUAUCAAAGCAGCUUGACGAGUAUUCCGGCCGGUCUACCUGCUGAUACAGACAUACUGUGAGUUAGUUUACUAUUUGGUUUAUUUGUUCUUUGGGGUUUUGAAAACCGUCUUGUUAUCAGCUCAUAAAAUUUUGGCACCUAUCACUGAGGAUUUGUUAUUUCUCAACAUUAUGGCGAGGAGCGGAGAUAGCGAGAGUUUGUCAAAUCCCGCAAAGCUAUAAAUACAAUUACCAACCAAAGCUUAGUCAAUUUCGAAGCUCUUCACAGCGCUGACUUGUCAAAAGCGAUAAAAGUGACAUUUAGGUUUCGGUUGAAGACUAGGGCAGUGAAUGUCUUAACAGUUGAAAGUGAAAAUUUUGUCAACUGACUAAGGAGACGUUCUUUGCGUUCAAGCUGUGUUCAAAUAAUUUUCUUGACACUUGUCGGGCAUGCUUACAUGUGACUUGCAAUGGACUGAAAAGAAUUCCGAAAGUAAGCAAAGCAUAUUCAGUAUUCAUUUCUCUUGGCAAACAUAUAUCCGUCUUGACAGAUUAUUAAUCUUUUGUCAGAAACCGAUUUUCCGAGUUUUUCGCGAGAGGUAAUUAAAAUUAACAAGGGCGACAUUCAUCACUAAACCGGUUCCUUACGAGAUCCUUAGAGAGACUUGAAAGCCGAAAGUAUGAUGAAUGAGAUCGAUGCCUUAAAAAAAUUUGAAGUUAUCUUAGUUUCCGCUUAUUUUUAUAUGCUUAAUAUUUGUUGAAUGUUGUGAAACGCCAACAAAGUACAAAAUACUAAACAGGUUUUUUUGAAAUUCAUGAAUGUAAUAGUUAAGAUUUUUAAGGAGUCAAGAGUACGUAUUGGUCUUCUAUUGAAUUUUAACCAUAUAAAGCUCUUUAAAAAAGAACCUCCAUAAUAAACGUGGAGUUUUUAAGACACUAACUAUAUUUUUUUCAACUUUUUAGUAUGCUGCCCAACACAGGACUCUCGAAUAUUCCUCAAAAUGCCUUCCAGGGAUUGUCUAAUCUGAAAGAAAUGUGAGUAAUCUGAAUGUAAAUUUUCUUGUAUUGUUGUGCAACACCUUUUGCUUGAUUACCUGUGCAUAUUAUUAUGGAAACCACUUAUUUGAACGAGAACAAAAUAGCUUCCUCGGCCAAGAGAAAUGAAACACACAACUGUACAAAGUUUUUACAAAACCAAGAAAAACAUAAUUGUAUUACGCCGGAAAUCGGCAUUUUGGGAUGGAUAAUCCGCAAAGCCAGCAGCAGAUAUAAAGGACGGCAUUUAUGGAUUGCAUUUUUUGUUAACAUCCUAGGGCUAGAAUAAUGGGCGCAUUUUAUGUUAUUUUCGACCUAUUCUGCCAAUGUUAUAUUUCAUUGUAGUGAAUAGACGAAGCAAAGAGUCCAAAUGAAUUGUUGUUUCCGGUUUUGUAUAGAUUUUCUUCCGUAAAAUGAAGCUUGAAGCAUUGAAGCUCAGUUUUAUCCGCUUGAAGUCACUAGUUAUUCCAGCAAAAACGAGGCCCUUAACUUAACUUAAAAAGGUUGUUAAAGAGUCUCAGCACACAGACCUGGAAAUCUUUAUUUGAGGUAAAAGGCAGUGUAUUGCGUGAAUCUUCCAAGUACUCUUUACAUUUAAUUUCUGCUUAUCUGUUUUCUGAGGUCUGUGGGAUGUUAACAGGGAAGCCAAUACAAGUGCAAUGAAAUUGCUUCUUGGCAGACGGCCCUAUUAAUAAAAUUCAAAACAAAUCUCACUUUUAUUUGGUUCAGUCCACCAAAUGCGAUCGAUCUGCAAAAAAACUCUAGUCAAGACUUAAAUAACAGUGAAACGCCUUACAUCGAAGAAACGAGGUGGCAGCUUUUGUCUUCGCAAUUUUAUACUGUACCAUUAACUUCUUUAUCAUGUUUGAGCAACUCUAUAAGUCAACAAAGACUGUUACGUCUAUCUCUAAAAUCCAAUCUUCCAGCUGAUAACUAGUUUAGUGAAAACACUUCGUUUGUUUGACAUAUAGCCAAAGCUGUGUACCAUCAUAUUAUUGUAUUUUCCUCCUUGUGGAAUGCCAUUAAAACUAAAACCGUAAACAAAUGGUAAGUGCACCCGUAGCUUGACUAGCUUUUAGCACUUCAUUCAGCGCAAUUUUCGGACAAUCUGUCGGCGUUUAUGAAGUUUCGCGAACAUUUAUUUGUUCUCUGCGCUUCUUAAUUAAAAAUAUGCCAUAAGGAUUAGAACUCCAUUAAGCCGGCAUGCCUUAAGGCUGGGACGGAGUCAGUUGAAUACUUGGAAGAGAGUGAAAGUUAAACAAUAUUUGUAAAGCGAAAUAAACUGUCAGAUUUCUUCCAUGAAAACCUGUAUCGGUGAAAAUGUGUGUAAACAUGGGAUAAAAGCGCCUCAUGUCAGAUAAAACAUCUUUAUUAUGCCAAGAAAAAAGGUUGCUUGGACAGGUCAAACUUGAACAAUAAACUAUUAAACUCAGGAAUGUACACGCUAAAAAGUGAAGCGAUAUUAAAACAGAGGCUUCAGGGGGGUUCGAUUUUAGAAUUCUUUGUGCACUUCAUAUCUCUUUUCAGAGUCGUACACAUCUAUGUUUAUCAGUACAUUCUAGCAAGACGAGCUCUUAAUCAAGCGAGCAAAUAUCUUUACCAUAUAUACGCAUUUACCACUUAAGGACGGAAAUUGGCUGUCUUGUAGAUAUGCAAAUGAACAAGUUUGGUUUAGAAAACCUUCCACAAGAAUGUCAGCCAACAGAUUAUGGUCAUUAAUGUCUUUUAUAUUGGUCUAUCUACAAAUCGAAUGUAAAAAAUCAACACGACAAUUACCCAGUACCAUUGCAUAUAACUCUCCUCAAUAUCAAGAUCAAUCUUUAUCAAUCUUUUCUUUUGCUCUGUAUUAUACGUUACAAACGAAAAUUGAAGCCAUUUCCAGGAUUCUAGAAAGAUAGAAUUCUCAUUGGUGCAUAUAUGAUUACACGAUACACUCGAUAUUGAUUGGUGUGUAUUAAUUUCAGGUUAAAACUUAAUCGCAAAGGAUAUUAGACCUUGUAGAAAGCAAAUUUUAAAAAACUGAACAGACAUUUCCAGGGUAGCUUGUCUCUCUUCUUUUAAUAUUUGUCCCAGUUUGUCCAAGUUUGUACAUACUUAAAAAAAAAAACAUUUUUAAUGAACUUUAUCGGAACUCUAAAAAUACGAUGUUUCCUGACAACUAAACUGCAACAUUUGACAAAGUCGUAGCCAUCUAAUGGAUUGAAAAUAAAACAUAUUAAUUUCCCACUCCUUCUUAAUCAGAGAAAAUGCUAUUCGAAAGACUUUUUGAAAGGCUCCUUCUCAAAGCGCUUUGAUUUGGAGGCAAGCUAAAUCUUUGGCACUGAAGUUCUUUAGACUAAUGGUCAUCGAGAUCUGCUACAAUAAAAAGCAGUUUUGAAUACUUUACCGAAAGCUGGGAACGUUAAAUGACCACACAACUCGCGAUGAUCGUUUUCACAAUGUCUGAUGACUAUGUAGAGAACAAAACAUGUAAUUAAGAUGUGUGGAAUUUUUGGGAUAUCAAACUUUGCUCGUAUUGAAAAUGCGAGGUCUGCCUAAUGCAUUUACUUAAGUUUCUAGCUGUAACGAACUCACAGUUUUCGAUAAAGAUUAUGAAAACUUCAUGUCAAGCUGUAUGACUAUUAUAAAUACGAUAACGUAAUUUUGCUCGACAAUUAGAGAAAAUGAACGAAAGUAGCUAAGAGGGCAUGAAACCGCAUUUCAUGCCCUAAUUUGGAAUGAAAGGAAUCGAAGAGUUUCGGCUGAACUGAGAAAGGGUUUUUUGUGUGAAAAUUUCAACACAUUCAACCGAAACAAAUGUACAGAGCUUUGUGCUUCAUUAGAAAUUUUGUUGUGUUUCGCAUAUGGUGUCUGAAGAGACGAAUUAAGGUUUGAAGUUUUCUUACAUUAAAGCAAUCAGUAAACGUCUUCAAACUUUUUUACGUGAUAGAGGAUCCGAAUCUAUAUUCGCUUCAGUGUUGUCCAUCCUAAAAGUUCAUUAACUGUGGAGCAAAUAGACUAUUAAAAAGCAGCGAAAAAUUUGAAAGCGUUUUGAAAACUUUAAAAUAAUCCAGUUUGAGGUUAUGUUCAUGAUGACACCGUAGCAGGCACAGUUGGUUGGUGCACUACAUUCUGUGCGGGAAGUCCCGAGUUCUAUUAAUCCCCAGAUGGUAACCUCGAAUCCUUGUUUCGUCUGCUUCUUUCCUUUCCAUGUAACUUUAAGUGGCUUAAGAUACCCGUAAAACGGUGCACUGGUGGAGAGAGUGAGAGGGGUAAAAAGUGCGCAAUGUUCAAGCCUUAGGUUUGUCAGUCAAACGACUGACUGUUCUGUUACGAGUUUAAUACCGACUUAGAAACUGUGACAGGCCCCAUCUGUUUUGCGUUUAAAAGUUACGCGUAGGAGACGGUUGUUUUCUUCGAAUAGAUCUGUUAAUUUACCAGCUUUAUAGUGCUAAAUAUGUUCUAUGGAUUGUAUACAGAAUGAAACUCGAAGGAACCUUUUUCGAGAGCCACCUUCGGCCGUUGAGCUGAAAGGGAUGUUUGCAGGGUUAACCGUGAUGCCGUGUUUUAAAUUUCUAUCUACAGAAGCAUAAUAUCAAAUCCUUUAACAAGCAUAGCUGGGAAUGCGUUCCAGGGCGUCACAAAACUCAACAAACUGUAAGUAGUUGUAUUCAUCUAACUUCAGUUUCUCAUGCACCAAAGUUUUAGUUUGUUAAACGCCUUAAACCUAUAACCACAUUCUUUUGUAGAAUUUUGUCUCGGAACAAUUUAAGUCAAGUUACUGCAGACUCUUUCAAAGGAUUAACAGCAGUAACAAAAAUGUAAGUAAUCUUCGAUUCCCUGUCCAUAACAGUAAAGUUUUUGCCUCAGUGGUGAUAUCUAUUUUAACUUUGUGUUAACAUAUAGUGACUCAUGAUCAAUCAAAAGGGAAGUUUGUCUUCUUUGUACAGCUUUUAGGGUGAAGCAUGCAUAUAUGCCUUUUGUUUCACCGACCAAGUUAGCUUUAAUGCAACUUUUUUGCAUUUUACGUUCUUUCAACGCUGCGCCACAUUGAAGUCAACAGUUUUUAUUCAUGAUUUUUUACACACUAAAAAUAAAGCUUCUCCUUGUAGUGUUUGUCUGGGCCAACCGCUUAGGUCCGCUGAGGCUGACCAUGGGCGGACACCAAUUUGAGGAACUGCACUGAUGUCUGUUUAUUAAAAGAAAAAUCGCGCCUAACUUCAUUGUGCGAAAUAGGUUAAAACCACGCUGCCGGGAGGGUUCACGUUAUCGAACUAAAAAUUCUGGUCAUGGCCUUUUAUUUAUAGCUUUUUUGAAAUCAGUGUAAUCUAUCUUAACCUUAACAGUGACAGCGCGAUGCGCCGUUACUAAACGUUCAGAGCCAAUUUAAGGUAUUUUUUUUUCCUGUUUGAUUUAGGUAUUUAGAGUACAACGAAUUUGCCAUGCUCCCAGAUGGAUUGUUUGAAGACACUUUGUCCCUUCAAUACCUGUAAGUCCAACCACAAAGACCUAACAACCGCAAUAAAAAAUAUGUCAACGAAAACAUCGAGGAAAAUUGUCAAAAAGAAAUUAGAAAUUUUACGUAUCAUUGUAUCUAUACCACUUCUUUACUCUCUGAUUCAAGUAUGGAGGUAUAAAAUUUGUGACAAUGAAAUAAAGGCUACAAAGCAAUGCCCUUAGUUGCUUCAUAUUGUUUAGAAUAAGGUUCCUUAAUCAUCGUUUUUCUUCCUAUUUGUAGAACAAUUGAUAACAACAAGCUUACUGCAAUAUCUGCCAAUCUCUUCAGCAAACUUAGCAAUUUGGUGCUACUGUAAGUACUUCUGUAUUGGAGUGGAAAUGAUUAAAUGAGUAAUUUAAUUUUUUUAUUUUUGUUGACUGCUAUAGAUAGUGAUUUAUUAGCUAAUAAGUACGGCUUAGUAAAAGAUGAACAUAACGAACGCUUUUUACUAACAAAUCGAAUUAUGUCUUCAUUUAGGUCUUUAUCGAACAACAAGGUAUCAAGCGUCAGCCGCGAGUCUUUCUCUUCUAUGAAGUCAAAUCUUACACACUUGUAAGUAUCAGGUCAAUUCUGUUUUUGGCAUUGGUUUUUUUUUACUCAAAUUAGAGUACGACGAGUUGAAUUUUCCCUUGAAACUGUUUUUAUUUUUCAGGAAUCUAGACAACAAUCAUUUAAACAAAUUUCCAGUAGAAUCGCUUGAGAAUUUAACCGCCUUGUCUGAGCUGUAAGUAAAGUUUUAAAGCUGGGGCUUUUCUUGUAUCAUUUUAUCCCUCAAUAAAGACAAUUCUAGUUGUCUAGUUGUCUAUUUCUUAAAAAGAGUAUCAUUUGCCAGCAUUAAAUAAAUCACUGCUUAAUCCACAAGUUAUGGUCGCGAGAAUAAGGAAAACAUAAUCACCGCAGUCAACAGUGUCUCAUUCUAAAUUUAUGAAUUUUAAUUUAAGAGCCAUCGCUAUUAAAAAUCAGUUUCAGUUCUGGACAGUGCUUCAGGCACCUGGAGCAAAUUCAACAAAUUUGCCGACAAAGUUUUAAAGUAGUUUAUGUAGCACUAACUCUUUGUGUCAUUCGGCAUGGCAUCUUAAGCUUUCUAUUAUAUCGAAGUCUCCACACUAAGGGGGAAAGAAUUUUAAAAUAACUCUUGUUAUCAGUCUGUAUUUCUGUGUACCUGAUUCCUCUUACACGCGAGAGUUCUAUGGCGCCCCUAAUGAGCGGAAACGAUAAAAAAAAGCUCAUAUUCUAACGCCAGAAUUUUGUAUAGACUUAUAAAGAUUGUUGAAGUAAUUUUGUUAAUUCAGGCAGCGUGAAGCCUUAAACGAAAGACAUUGAUAUAUAUAAACGUCAGUUUUCUCCAGACGAACUAUAUCACAUUUUUAUUGGGAAAUUGUUGUCGCCUUUUUUCCACAGCCGUUUGGCCUCCAAUGCGUUCUAUACCAUUCCACAAGAAGCUGUAACAAUAUUUGACAAGAUUGCUGCCAAAGAUGGUGGUCACAUGUGAGUAUUGAAAAUGAGAAUACGGCAUUUCUUAGCUUCCUGUAAUUAAAGCUCAUUAAGUAGCUCGAUACAGUUUUUCAAGGCCAAUACCUCCCAAGUUUGAGCAUAAACUACGUCGCCAUAAACAAAGUUUUGGAAAAAUUGCCACCACAGUUGUAUUAGAUAAAGAUGAAAAUUUGUUAUGAUCAGGGUUGCAACGGCAUCGGAGUUGUCAUAGCAACGGAAUGACGCUAUUACCUAUUUUACUUGCAGCAGUAUAUCUCGGCACUGGGAACUGUUCUUCCAAAAUCGUUCACAGGAGCUUUUUCCACCAAUAGCGGCCUCGAUGUUCGUGAAGUUUAAGCGAAAUCUGUAAGAGCGUUAUCGAGAUAUUUUGGGAUGAAGUUUCUAUGGUUAGAAACACAGUAAAGAGUGGACAAUAUUGUUGUUUGGGCGUUAUCUGUAGAAAAUGAAGCGCUUUUUACAUGCAAUUUCACCUCAUAGUAGUUUCAAUCUUUUUGAAAACGUGUGUGAAAGAUCAUGGAGAUAGCUCCAGCCGAUUACUAGAAAGAAGGAUUUGAUUAGUAUGUUUCGAGGCGCUUUUGUUAGCGGUUUUUGAACAUUUUAGUCUACUUUAACAAAUUAGCGAAUAACUUUUAAACCGCUCGAUAAAUUUUUAAAAAAAUUUAAGAUUCGUGAGAUUAACCUUCCUUUUAUACGACCUUUUAGUUUCAAGAUUAUUGAUAUAUUGUAAGGCAGUAAAAUAAGGGCUACAAUUCGCCAAUAUUUUGGCUGAAAUUUUGUGUUUACAAGUGUGAGCCUCUCAUUAUUCAGGGUAUUGUCUCCAAGUUUCAUAUUUUCGCGCAUAACAAUAGCUAGCAUUUUUGCAUAUGUCAAAUGCAUUGUUAGUUCCUGUUGUUCACGUGAAAAUGAAACUUGGAGACAAUGCCUUGAAUAAUGAGAGGCUUUCACUUGUAAUAACGACACUUCUGAUAAAAAAGUAACGAAUUGUAGCCCUUAUUUUACUGCCUUACAAUGUAUCAAUAAUCUUGAAACUGAAAGGUCAUAUAAAAGAAAGGUUAAUCUCAAGGAUCUUAAAUUUUAAAAAAAAUCUAUCGACCGGUUUAAAAAUUAUUCGCUAAUUUGUUAAAGAAGACCAAAAUGUUUACAAAAACGCUAACAAGAGCGCUUCGAUACAUACUAAUAAAACCCUUCUUUCUAGUAAUCGGCUGGAGCUAUCUCCAUGAUCUUUCACACAAGUUUUUAAAAAGAUUGAAACUACUAUGAGGUGAAAUUGCAUGUAAAAAGCGCUUCAUUUUCUACAGAUAACGCCCAAACAACAAUAUUGUCCAUUUUUUACUGUGUUUCUAACCAUAAAAACUUCAUCCCAAAAUAUCUCGAUAACGCUCUUACAGAUUUCGCUUAAACUUCACGAACAUCGAGGCCGCUAUUGGUGGAAAAAGCUCCUGUGAACGAUUUUGGAAGAACAGUUCCCAGUGCCGAGAUAUACUGCUGCAAGUAAAAUAGGUAAUAGCGUCAUUCCGUUGCUAUGACAACUCCGAUGUCGUUGCAACCCUGAUCAUAACUAAUUUUUAUCUUUAUCUAAUACAACUGUGGUGGCAAAUUUUCCAAAACUUUGUUUAAGGCGACGUAGUUUAUGCUCAAACUUGGGAGGUAUUGGCCUUGAAAAACUGUAUCGAGCCACCUUAAGUAAACCGUCAAUACAACUGUAUUAAGCGUCAAUGAAGGCACUCUGAAAAAUGAAUUUCAGAAGCACUCGUUUUGAAAAGGAACUCAUUCUAUAGAGUCGUUAAGUGGAAAAGUCUUCUAGCCACUUAGGUUGUAAAAAUCAGUAACAGCAAGUCGUUAGAGGCCCAUAGCUGUCGAAUGCGCAAAAAUUCCCCUCACUGAAUUCAAACUAACCUUUUUUGUUCCCGUUUUUUUUUUUCAGUUGGAUUGCCAACAACCCUUUGGUGUGUACUAAGGAACUUAAAUGGCUCCAAACGUGGAUGAUGACCCAUCCUACAGUUGUUAAAGAUUUGAACGAAGUCACAUGUCAAACACCUUACGGGAACCGUAGUAAAGUAUUUGAUUUCGACUUCAGUAUUUUGGGUAAGCACUCUUGCACUUAAGAGUUUUCAUUGAUUUGCGUUAAAACGGAGUAUAGCCAGUGUUUAACAAAGCUACGUUUCUCAGACAAAGCUCGAUUUCCGUCGGUUUCCCGGGCCCAGUCUUGCCGAAUGUUCCACCCACCUAGGCGAAGGAGCGCCCCGAGCAGCGGCUGGUAAUAGAGCACAGUGGCAGGCGUGUCCAUAGUAAAUUCGCGUAUGCGGUGCUUUCGUUUUCCACCGUUUUAGACUAGUAGUCUUCUCUUAACCAAUCAAAAAUGAAAUGCAGGGUGAUUUGGCCCUAAUAAAGUAUGCUACAGGGAUAGCCAUCUUUUAAUACAUCACAGCCGAUCAUGAGAAAUAUCCCUAGUUAAGUUCUGUUUUACUAUCCAGAGUUGCAAUCUCGAGGCAUGUUCAGCACGGUUACUGAACAUAACAGCACUAACGUCUUUUUAAUGCUGAAAAUUCACAGAUGGCUGGACAAUAGGAAACUUAAAGAGUUCUACGAUGUCAUCAACUGUAACAUCAACUACGCUACCAACUUCCACAGCAGAAACAACACCACCGUCUACGUCAUACACGACAACAGUGCCUACUACGUCAACCACGUCAUCGUCUUCACCACCAAGUACCACAGAUGCACCUACAACAACGACGUCAGGGCCUACGUCAUCAAGUACAGAAUCUACUACGUCAUCAUCUACAUCACCAAAUAGCACAGAAGCAACUACAGUUGCCACAACAGCAUCUACGUCAUCAACUGCAGAAUCCACUGCGUCAUCAUCUGCACCAACAACAACCACAGAAACAACUACAGUUGCUACAACAGCAUCUACGUCAUCAGGGUCCGUCACGUCACCGUCUACAUUAUCAAAUACUACAGAAACUCCGACUACCACGGCGGCGAAAACGGCAUCCACCACGAUAUUGAUGACAUUCUCUACGCCAUCAGGAUCGGAUACUAGUCUCUCAGCCACAGGGAAAAAAUCGUCGACAGCGUCCAAUUCAACGCCUGUUUCAAAAACUUCAAACACUAAAGGUCUUUCCAAGAGUUUUAGCCCUGGAUCACAUAUUGGUACUUCAACAGAAUCAGUUGAAAAAGGUAAAAAGGAUUAUUUAAGUGUAAAGAACUUUGUAAUAUCGGGUGCAAAAUAUCAACUCGUGGCCUAUCAUCAGAUAUUGGAAUACAGAACAAAGGAAUCUGAAAAGUUUGGAGUGGUUUACGAGUCAAAUCAAACAACGUAUGUCCUACGUAUGAAAAAGGGAAAGAUAGAUUCAGGUGUCAAUCGUGAUGUGUUCUUGCAUUAAUUUAAUUGGCGAGAGCAGAAUUUCUUGUCGGUUUUUUACCAUGAUUUCUUUCUCUCUCUGGCUUUUUUACUGUUCUGAUUAAUACAAAAUGGGAACUGAAAAUAUGGAACCACCCUUUUCACUUACUUUCAACUUGCAAUUUAGCAUUUUCCCUUAUUUUUAUUUUACAGAAAGAGCAGAAUCUAACGAGAAGUUCUUCUCUAGAAAUCAAGAAGUCAUUCUCUCUGCUUCACUGGUUGGAUUUUGUCUAAUUGUUAUCGUGGGUGUCAUGCUUUAUUUGUUCAAAAGAAGGGUACUGUUACGACAAAAAACGUAAGUCAUUUCAGCUGAUAUUCUUCGGUAAGUGCCGAUUCAGAACCCGACCAUCGAAUUCAAAUUUAGGCCGGUUGCAGUUACUAGUCAGGCGCCGAUCUUUCAUUCCAAACGAAGUCAAUUCAAAAUGGAAAAUCGCGCAUUUUGGUAAGGUUACCGUACACAGUUAGUAUAGAAAUGUCAUUAGCAACGAUACUGACAACCAGGAAGCCGUACAAGUGCGUUAUGCUGUGAUGUUCACCAAAACGACAGGACAGAAGCGGCGACGGCAGGCAAAAGGAAAAAUAUCUGUCCUCGUCAAGCCUGCGUAGCUUGGCGGUUUUUGUCGGGAGCACUACUGAGCUGCGAAGCCGCAAAAACGCGCGCGAACGAGCGGCGAAGCCGCGUGAAAAAUAAAAUCCCAAUCUCCUCGCGGUUUCUCUGCCCUCGCUCGCCCGUAUUACUUAGCGCGCCCAACCAAAACCGCCAUGCUACGAAGGCUAGUCCUCGUCUGUCUCUGCUAUUUCAGUCAUAAUUCCCUCUUAUAAAUUGAGCAAUCAGGCACAGGUCGGCACUAAUGUAUGAAACCGCUUUUAAUUCCAAAACUCAUUUGCAAAGAAACUGAGUUUUUUCACGGACAAACUUGGCCACGAAAGGUCACCUUGCACCUACCCAGUUCCCAGGGUUCUCUCUCUUCCUCCUUCGAGGGAGGAGGAGAGAAAAUCCUGGGAACGAGGUUAACCUUACACAUGCCUCACAUUGUCCUUUUUCUCCUUUUCUUCUAGACUUAACAUAAGACUGCCAGGAAUGAUGUACGAUCGAGUUAAUGUGUAGUUUUAAAAGGAAAAAUUCGCUCUUCACCACCAAACCAUCCUACAAGGCAUGAAUCAGCCUCGUUUGGAAGUCUGAAUCAUCUCAUCAAGUCGUUUGUCACGUGUUUUGACGUCAGAAACAGGAGAUAAAGAAAAUUAAUAAGUUUACAUGUUGAAAGGACAUUGGAGAUCCUUAGUUAUGCUAUGUUCUCGGAGUUCCAUAGUUAUGCUAAGAACUUUUUACCCCAGAACCCUAGUUGAGAAAAUUGAAAUAUUAUUUAUUGUACAGAAAGAAACAUCGCAGUAUAAGAUUUGUUUUAGGAGCAUCUCCUUUUGAAGGAGAUGACAAACAUUAAUUCAUUACAUUUUUUAAAUCACUGCCAAGUUUCCGAAGGAAACUCUAAAAGACGUUUCAUAAAGCUCUAUGGCUUCCUUCAGUGAACCAUAUUAGUUAUCUGCGUGUUUCAGUUUUAUUUAUUUGGUGUUUAAACCAAGGUUUUGGAGACAAUUAAAUUGAUAUUUUCUGGAAAGUUUUGUACAUUGAUGUACUUAAACAAAUGAAUUAAAAAAACAUAAAAAAGCUGCAUUUUCUUUACGAAUCGUAUGUGUAAUUCAAACACCAUGUGUGGGCAUCAACUUUAGAGGGGAAGGAUAACGGUUACUG